AUGAAAAUUAGCCCCAUAAGGAGAAAGGUGAACUCCUCACUGAUCGUGAGCAAAAGAAUCCCCUCGUACUUAAAAAAGGAAAAAAUCAGUUUAAGCAAAAAUAAUGGCAGUUUUGACAAAAAAAGCGUCAAAUAUAAUCAAGUUCCACAAUUUGUUCAGGCAAUAAUAAAGUUUACGAAAAAAAAUAAACUGCUCCAAGAGGAAGAUAACAGUGUAAUAAGCAAAAACAAACUCAUUUUUUUAAAUAAUUUGUUGAGUGAAAUUCAAAAGAAUAAAACCCUUCUAACGUCAUCGUCCAUACACGACAUAUAUCGAUGUCUGUACAAACUCAAUUACUUAAAAAUAGACGUCAUCUGUACUCUCUUUAGUAUACUCAUAAAUAACGCACUAAAUUUUUCCAAAAUAACUGGCUAUGUUCAUUGCGAUUUCAAAGAAUUGAUAAACAUUACAAAAUUUUUGCACCAUUUCCAGAAAAUAUGUAAUUCAAAUAUUCAGGCGAUUAUACACGACACCCAUGACAGUGGUAACCUCCGAAUUGUGCAGAGGUACCUGAGGGAGCAUGGGAAAAAAAGUGGCCCCUCCCUUGGAGGCACAUAUAAUAGUGGCGAAGUAUACACACACGUUUAUAACUACAUUGCAAAAUAUGACAGGGUUGACAAUGUAGACAUUCUUUUGUAUUCCCUCAUAAAGGGGAAACAGACGAAUGUUGCUACAGGGGUGGGAUCAUACGUAGAAGUGACGACGAACGGGUGUUCUUCUCUUGGGGAGGGACCCUUGUUAGAUAGCCCCAAGGGAGCUUCCCAGAAAGAGUGCUCCCUUAGGGGCUGUAAAAAUGAAGCAGUUGGAGAUUUCCCCUCGAAUGGGGCCAACCAAAAGGAGGGCAGCGCCAUAGAGGAAGAGGCGGCGCAGAAGGAAAAUCACUUCAAAUUGACCAACGGGGAAAAGACGACGAAGCAGGAAAAUCACUUCAGCUUAACCAACGGAGAAGAAGCGAAGAAAACGCUGCUAGUUGACUACAUAAAUUCGUUUUACAAACUAAACGACAUGUUCACCUUCCUUCUAAAUAAAGUGUUAAGAUAUUUCAACGAACACGCCCUGAGCUUUAAUUUCUACCAUUUAAAGCUUCUGUUUUUCUUUUUGGGGAAGUUUCAAAUGUUUGACGCACACUUGAUGGAAAAAAUCACCAACAGGAUUAUCGAAGAGAUCGAAAGGAUAAAAACGAAUCCGAAGCUCCUACAUGAUGAUACCUCCAUAGAGGAAAGGAAUAAGCAUAACUACGCAAAGAAGAGAAUUAAAAAGCUCAGGAAAAAAUAUCUCAACACAUUUAUUAAGAUAGACUCGAAGGAAUUCCUAACCCUUCCAUACACAAUCGGGUUAUCCAUGAAUAUAUACUUUAAUAACUACCUAAUAGAAUAUGUCAAUAUUUAUAUCCUUAGCUUAAUUAACUCCAGAGUCCACUGCGACAUGGUAAAUUUUACCUACUGCCUGGUAGGGUAUAAGUACAUUAUGGUGCACUUUUUUCUUCUCUUCAAUAUAUUUUUGUUUAAAGAAAAAUGUAUGAAGAAUUCAAAACUAUUGGAGAAAUAUAGCAUCUUUUUGCGACGAUUGGGGAAGGAUGCCACUCUGAGUGGAAGCGGCCAGUUGGGGAGGGCACACUCGGCAGGCCCAAGUGAAGAAGCGAAAAUUUUCCUUCCCAGUAGUAGUAUCAAACAGGAUGGACCUACGCGAAAUAUCCUGAACAGGGAAGAAAAACUUACCAAUCGUGGAGCCCACGUCAAAAUGUGCAAGACCUCAAACGAAGAAAAAAACUGCAUGACCACUUUGACAUGUACCCAGGCAGACCACACUGAUCGGAGAGGCAAGACGGGGUGGUACACAAACCCUGAGGAGACCUUCAACGUACUCCUAGGGGAGUUCCAAAUGAGAGUAGAAAAUAUCUUCCUAAUAAACUUGGAUAAACAUUCCAUGGAACAAUCAUAUAACAGCGAACAGCUUCGGAAAUUUUAUUUGCACUACAAAAAAUUAUUCGAGAAAGUAUUCAAUUACGCCAUUUUUCUCCUAAGCAAAUAUGAACCUGAGGAAAUGCUGCCCAUUUACAAAAAUUUGGAAGCCCAUGCGCUAAACGACCAGGUUGUGAAGCAGCUGUACGUGGAAGUGCUCUACGAGAAGGUUGCUUUUAAUUCGGGAAAUGAAAAAAAAGUUUCAAGUUUGUUGCGGUGCGUUUGCGCUGAAUAG